AUGUCUUUCCUACAAAUAAGACCCGCCUUCAAGUUUUCGACCAAUAUUUUUGGCCAGUUAGAAGCCGCGGGUACUACAUACUUUGACGGUUUUAUCGCAGUGCCUGGUAAUAGGGCACAUAUCGAAAGUAUGCCCGGAUUUGUCCCAACUGUGGUUGCCACUGCGAUCGAUGUGGAUUCGCGAUACGUUGAGAUUGUCUUAGGCGAGAGAUCACAUCUCGACGCCACCAUCCAGCUGACCGGCCCGUUUUACCUUUACACUCUGACACAGGGGGAGCCGUCUUAUGUUGGGGAAGGGGCGCUCCAGGGCUGGUUAUGGGCAGAUAACCAGUACGAGAUCAGUGAACUGCCUAGGUGGUCUGAAGAGAGUGAUUUCUAA